GUCGGCCAUCAAGCCGACGUAAGCCUUGGAAUUGCGGAGCCCCGGGCGCCGAAUUCCAGUUUCCUGACGGCGGAUCUCUUCCUGGCUGUGGACGUGGCUUUUUGCUCCAUCUAUGUCCUGGACGUCCUCGCGCGCAUGCUGGUGCUCAGGAGGGAGUGGCUCUACGAUGAGGUGGACGGAUUCAUGUUUACGAACGUCUUCGACCUACUCCUUGUUCUGAUUCACGUGCUUGAGAUCGUGUUGGCUAGCAGCGGCAACGCAUACCAGCAGGUUAGUGCUCUGCGCAUUUGGAAACUGUUGCGGCUGGUGCUCACCGUUCGAAUCAUGAAGACCGUGAGCUUGUUUCGGCAGCUGCGGGUCUUAAUCAGCGCAUGCAUCUCGUCCCUGAGCGCUUUAUUCUGGUCCCUGGUCUUGAUGGUGCUGCUGGAGCUGGGCUUCACGAUCAUUAUUUGCCAGUCGCUGCAGGAGUUCAUCAUGGACGAGCAGCAAGAUCUGGAGACUCGAAUGACGAUAAGCGGCCUCUACGGCAGUUUCGGCCGGGCCCUGUACACGGUCUUCGAGUUGACCUUUUCCGGCGGAUGGAUUGUCAGAGUCCGACCUGUCGUCGAGAGAGUUAGCCACUGGUAUGCCAUUCCGUUUUUGUGCUAUAUCACGAUCGUUGUGUUUGCCGUGACGAGGAUCGUGACAGCCAUUUUCCUCAAGGAGACAUUGGCCAAUGCAGCGAACGAUGCCGCGUUGCAGCUGGCGGAGACGAAGCGGAUGGCCCGAGGCCUCCAGAACAAGUUCGAGGAGCUCUUCCGUUCUCUUGAUGGCGAUGGAAGCGAAUCCAUUUCCUUCAGCGAGUUCAGCAAAGCCAUGAGCUACCCGAGCGUGCAGCAGUACUUAAGCACCCUCGACCUAAAAGUCCAGGACUGCGCCCAACUGUUCGAAAUCCUCGAUGAUGGUGAUGGCAAGAUCACGAUUUCGGAGUUCUCACAUGGCCUGAUGCUUCUGAAAGGGCAGGCACGCGCGCUGGACAUCAUGGUGCCUGGACUGGUCGGAUUUCCCAAGCUUGGGGUCCAUAACGUACCUGUGGAUCCAACAGCCUGCUGUUUGAAGGGGUCUGCUUACCGUAUGGUGGCAGGGCCAUAA